AUGGUUGCUGGCCGAUUAUUCUCUUUACAUGCUGUAAAUCCGGGGUUUACCAAGGAGGCGGCGCAGAUAGCUGACAAAGCACUCUGGCCGCCAAUUCUUGAACUAUUCUUUGGAAAAGUCCAGCCAUCUUUUUUUGUAUACCGCUUCUUUAUCGAUAUUGGUUCGGAGUAUAUGAAAAAGCUGCAUUAUCUGGGGAAGAAGAUGAAGGACGCCGCGCAGACAAAGAUUUGGUUUGGCGGCAAAGCGUUAAAAGUGAAAGAUUUACUUCAUGCGGUUGGGAAGAAAUGUGGGGUAGAUCCAUCCCAAAUCGAUGCUCUGGAUUUGGAAAAUGUUGUGGAGCGGACUAUUGCUAUCAAAGAAGGAAAACCUCCACCACCCGACAUUAACGACAACGAUGAGGAUGAGCCGCCAAUCGAGCCCGAGCCCAGAUCGGAGCCUCAGAGUCCACAGGAAGAAGCUCCGUUGUUAACGGAGCCCUCGACUCCUAAGAAAACACCAAAGGCCUCGAUUUCUAGCAAAGCGACUUCAAUCUACGAGCCAGAGUUGAUCAUACGAAAUCCGGCCUUCCAAUCACUUUCGAAUGAUAUGCAAAUAUGUUCACCGGUGCAAGAGACAAAACUCCCUUCAUUCCCGCAAGAAAUCCAACUCGAAAUGCCCGAAAAUUUCGAAGACGAUUUCGACCUGGAGGAGGACAAUCAGCAUAUAAUGAUCCUGGAACCACCCGACGUCCUCGACGAGGUUGAGCUUCAACACGUGAGGAUCGAAAUCCCUGACGAAGAAGACGAGCCGCCGAAGCGACGGAAAAGCAGCGCCCGGCCAAGGUCAAGUAUGGACGAGGAUUCAGUCCCGAAGAAGUUCCGGGAGAAGAAGCAGGUGUACGCGACGGACCCGAAGAAGUUGUACGAAACUUAUCAAGAAGAAUGGGAUCGACUCCAGCGCCUCUCCGCCCGACUCGGUCCCCGCAGAAAA